CUGCAGGGCGGACGGUGAGUGUCGGACCGGCCAGCAUGGUUUUACUCUCUCUCGAAUCCCAUGGGUUCCUACCGAACUUCAAAGGUCGCCGAAGCCUGAGGUAAAUGCUGAUGCCUCUCAGCAGAUUGAUCCAGGCUCGUUUGUGGUCUCUGUGGGUCGGGGGUAUAUCGAAGCUUGCGUCAGGCAUAGUGUCCUCCAAAUGUCAGAUGUCCCAACGUCAUGUUGCCACUCCUCAAUGUGCAGGAAGGUGCUAUGGAUAUGUACACAACUGGUUGUUGACGGCAUGGGAAAGAGCAGAGAGACAGAUGAUUGGAUCGACAGCAGAUCACCCCUCAGCCGCCGUCUUGGCAGAGAUCUUGCAACGAUCGAACCCGAAGCGCAAUUUGCGACUGAGCACUGUCACUGCAAACAGUAGCAAUCUACCCAUCUCGAUCACAUCUCAUCAUCUUGAGCAUGGAUGCUCGCAUACGUCCGUAGCACGAUUCAAGUAUGUCAUCGCUCGCAGCCGGAUGUGGCGUGUUCGCCCAAAAACACGACGAGCAGACCAGAGGCCGAAUGCAAUACUUGAAUUUGACUAGCUUGUUGAACCACAACUUCUGCACCGCUGCUCCAG